AUGACAGUUGCAAUUGUGUAGCAUUCAGUGACACAGUACAUUGAAAAAUUUCAUGGUGGACGGAUGUUGCGCCGAUUUGGUUUUGCACAAUUUGUUUUAUUUUUUGUGCAUAAAUCACUGAUUUGUUUUCUUGCUAAUUUCUGUCUAUAAACAUUUCUACAAUAUCAUCCCAUCGUCAAAAUGGCGUUGAACGAAGUGCGUGCCCCAAUGCACAAAAAUAAACAAACGACGAUGGGGCGUAUUUCCGGAUUUUAUUCUUCAGGAAGUUUAUUUAAGGACAUCAAUUUGUCCAGUAAGAUUUAUGAAAAAGAGUCUCAUCCAUUCACAGUAUUGGAACAUUUCCCGAUUUCUGGACCACACGGAAGUUGGACAGAGUAUACCAAGCAAGAUAUCAUUGAAGCUCGUUAUGUCCCCGUAAAUACUGGAGAUCAGUUUGGUCCUACAUGGACGACGCACUGGUUCCAUGUGACCUUCAACGCACCUCCAGCCUCCUGGACUGCAAAGGAACUUCAUCUUCGGUUUGUGUCGGGGUCUGAAGCAUGUGUUUACGAAAAGCAAGGCAACAAUCUCGUGGUUUUGCAGGGUAUUUCUCCCGGAUAUCGAGAAGAGUAUAUUGUUACAAAAUCAUACGAUCCUGCGAAUCUUCCUCUGCUUGAAUACUAUAUUGAGAUGGCUUGCAACACUAUGUUUGGAGCUGGACGGACUGGUGAUGGGAGUAUUGCUCCCCCUGAUGAUAAUAGAUUCUGGACUCUUUCCACCGUUGAUAUUGCCAUUUUUAAUAGAGAAAACUUUAACUUGUUGAUUGACAUUGAACAAUUGCAUGGAAUGUCAGAACACAUGUCCGAAGAUCACAUUGGAUAUCAAGCAAUGUUUGUGGCUAAUGAGAUGGUGACCCAAUUCAGUUUAGGAAAUGCGGCUAAAGCACGGGAACUUGCCUCAGCCUUUUUCGCUGAAGGAACAGGAACGAAGGCUCACACUUUAUAUGCCAUGGGUCAUUGUCAUAUAGAUUCAGCUUGGUUAUGGCCUUAUGAUGAAACAAUUAGGAAAUGUGCACGGUCAUUUUCAGCACAACUUGGUCUGAUGGAAGAAUACCCAGAGUACAAAUUUGUGUGCUCGUCGGCCCAGCAAUAUGCUUGGGUGCAGGAGUAUUAUCCAGAUUUGUUUUUAAAAAUCAAGAACAAAAUUACUUCUGGUCAAUUUGUCCCUGUUGGAGGGACAUGGGUUGAAAUGGACGGGAACAUUCCAAAUGGAGAAGCAUUCAUGCGUCAAUAUUACUACGGGCAAAAGUAUUUUGAAAAGGAAUUUGGAGUUUUAUCAAAAGAAUUUUGGUUACCCGACACUUUUGGAUAUUCUGCACAAAUCCCGCAGAUGCUGAAGCACGUCAAGAUUAAUCGAUUUCUGACUCAAAAAAUGUCUUGGUCCCUGGUUAAUAAAUUUCCAAAUCACAAUUUCUGGUGGGAAGGUAUUGAUGGAACGCAGGUUAUGGUGCAUUUUCCUCCAGGAGACAGUUACAAUAUGAAUUGCACUGUAAACGAAUUUCUGAAUUCUCGAAACAAUUCAUUGGAUAAGGGGCGGUCAAAUACGGGCGUUUUCUUGUACGGUUGGGGUGAUGGGGGAGGUGGACCAACGAGGACCAUGAUUGAACGAAUUAAGCGAGUUCAAGAUGUGGAUGGAAUGCCAAAGGUUAAAUUCAGCGACAGUAACGAGUUCUUUGACGAACUAGAGAAAGAAUCUGAUAAAUUUUAUCGCUGGGUGGGGGAAUUAUAUUUGGAACUGCACAACGGCACAUACACGUCCCAGGCCAGAAUUAAGUGGUACAACAGGAAAGGAGAGUUUUUGUUUAGAGAAGUAGAACAUCAAAUGGCAAUGGCCUACGCCAAAGGAUUAGUUUCCCAAGCUUUGAUCAACGCUGAUAUGGCCACGGUGGACGCGUGUUGGAAAGACUUUCUCCUCAAUCAAUUCCAUGACGUCCUGCCUGGCUCGUGCAUUGAGUUUGUCGCCCAAGAUGCUUGGAAAUAUUAUGAAAAGCUUUUCACAUCUUUAAUGGAGCUAAGGAGUCAGUAUAAUGCUCGUAUUGUGGGAUUGGCUGGUAACAACAGAGCAGUGUACAAUUGUCUACCCUGGCAAACAAAAUCGGUCAUAUUCAUGAAACCGCCAGUAGCACCCGUAGUAGGUCCCAAUGUUCAAGAGGUAAUACUCGACCCCACCGAGGAAUUCGAAAAUCAAGGCGAAGGAAGAUUUAGAGUGCCCAAUACUUUCUACGCAGCCCUUGUUACAAUGCGCCCCUCAGGAUACAGCCUUUUUGUUGAUGAAGUGACUUCUGUCCCUGUCGCAUUUCAAUCGUCUGCUCCAAAUCUUGGAACGUUUACCAAUGGUCAAUUGACUUUGGAAGUUGAUAUUGUAAAUGGCCACCCGGUUGAGAGACUAUUUUUUGAUGGGAACAAUAAACUACCCGCUUUCAACGACUAUCUGGAAAUCGGUGUCAGCCCAGGAAUGCUAUAUUUCUACGAUGACGUUCCGCUCUUUUGGGAUGCGUGGGAUGUGAUGGAUUACCAUUUGGAGACUAGACGAGAACCCCCCAACUUGGUGACAACUCAUCCAGUAGCAACUUUCGCUGAAGGAAAUAUUGUGGGUGGCUACAAGUGGGGAGCCACCUUUGGAAACGGAAGCAGUUUCGUGCGAUAUACGAUAAUGCGAGCUGAUUCCCCUAUGGUGGAAUAUUACACAAUCGUUGACUGGAAAGAGGAUCACAAAAUGUUGAAGGCUGAAUUUGCCAUGGAUGUGUUAUCAAGAGACGCUAGCUUUGAAAUCCAAUAUGGCCACGCUAGUCGUCCGACGCACAUGAAUACUAGCUGGGACAUGGCCAAGUUUGAAGUGUGUGGUCAUAAGUGGAUGGAUAUUUCCCAGGCCGAUAAGGGAGUCACUGUGAUCACUGAUUCAAAAUAUGGGUGGCAUGUCAGGGAUAAUCACGUUCAGCUUUCACUUUUGAAAUCACCAAAAAAUCCAGAUGCCAACUGUGACAUGCAUAAGCACUACAUUUACUAUGCCGUCAUGCCACACAAAGGGUCGUUCCAAAACGCUGGAGUUAUUCAAAAGGCAUAUGAAUUGAACGUCCAUGGUUCGAAUAACGUUCCCCUGAUUCCCACAAACAUGUCCCAAGACACUAUACCCGCAAGCUUCGUGACGACUAGUAACCCAGCCGUGGUGGUUGAAGCUGUCAAAGUUUCGAAUGCUACUGACUCGACGACGGAUACCAUUUGCAUACGCUUGUAUGAGGCCUAUGGUGGUUACGCAAAAACAGAUAUUUCGCUAAGUGGGUUCACCGUGGACAAAGUUUUCGAGUCCAAUGGACUGGAAGACGAAGGGGGCGAAGAAGUUCCAGUGCCCGGAGGAAAGUUCAAUGUGACCUUUAAACCAUUCCAAAUUCGAAGUUUCCUAGUCACCUUUGUGUAGUUUAAUUUCAAUGCAAGUUAUUAUAACAGUUUAUUAAACUAUUUAAUGGCCGGAUAAAUAUAGACGUAUUUACUUUGUUAAUUGUUGGACAAAUUUUAAUACAAUAAACAGGAAUAAACUGAACACAUACAUAUGUCACACAA